AUGGAUGGCUCUGUGAGCCUCGGGCUCUGCUUCCCCAACUUCAACUCCUCCUGCAGGCGUCUGAUACGUCCAAACUCUGAGACUCUUCUACUCUACACCCUAGUUGCAUCUGUCUCUCUGCUCACUGUGACACUCAAUUUGCUCAUCAUCUUCUCCAUCUCCCACUUCCGGCAGCUCCACACCCCGACCAACACUCUGCUCCGGUCUCUGGCUGUGGCCGACCUGGCAAUGGGGCUACUGGUGAUGCCUGUCGAAGGCCUGCGCUAUAUUGAGAAAUGCUGGCUGCUGGGGAGGAUAAUGUGUGCUCUAUCUACUUAUAUUUUUUACAUCCUGUCCUCGAGCUCUUUGGGCCAUAUGGUGCUCCUUUCCAUAGACCGUUAUCUGACUAUCUGUGACCCAAUGACCUACUCCUCUAAGGUCACUCUGACUAAUGUUAAAAUAUGUAUCUGUUUCUGUUGGGCCUGUUCAUUUACCUACAAUGGGUUAAUCUUGCUAGACCACUUAGUGCAACCAGACAGAUUCAGCUCCUGUCAUGGAGAAUGUGUGGUGGUCAUCAACCAGAUUUCAGGAACUGUUGACAUGUUCAUGACCUUUAUUGGACCUUGUACUGUCAUGGCUGUGCUGUAUAUAAGAGUGUUUGUGGCUGCUCUUUCUCAGAUGCGUGUAAUUCAGUCACAGGCUGCUGCUACCAAGGCCAGAGCAGCUCCAACUGCUAGAAAAUCACAGCCCAAGGCAGCCAGGACUCUUGGGAUGCUGAUAGUAGUAUUUUUAACAUGUUACUGCCCGUACUACUAUCCCACUCUUGCAGGUGUGAACACCUCCACCAGCUUGUCCUAUUAUCCCAUAUUGUUGUGGAUCAUGAUGCUGAACUCUUGUCUAAACCCUCUGAUUUAUGCCAUGUUCUACCCCUGGUUUAGAAAAGCUAUAAAACUCAUCAUCACACUCAGAAUACUGCAGGAUAACUCCAGAGAGGUAAAGAUCCUGUAG